AAACUCCUCCGGGAGUAGGCGCCUGCAAGGUGUUCCACAGAUGUUGAUCCUGCUAAAUGGUGGAAGGUCUUUUGACAAUGUAGAUACCCCAGCUUCUGCUCUCAAACAGCAGGGCAUCUUUGUGAUUGGCAUUGGAACCAGGAGCUCUGACAGUGGAGAGCUGAAGAAGAUAUCAUAUGACCCUCGUUAUGCUCUAUCAGUGUCUGAGUUUACUGACCUCCCCAGUGUCCAAGAACAGCUCUCGUCUGUAAUGAGCACAGUGUUAGUGAGAGCUACGCCCAUGACACCAAAAGAAACUGUGGAGAGACAGCCACCAGGAAGGGAUGUUGUGUUCUUGUUGGAUGGAUCUGAUGGUACUAGAACUGGAUUCCCAGCUAUGCAAGACUUUGUCCAAAGAAUAGUAGAGAAGCUCAGAGUGGAUGACAACCAAGACCGUGUUUCAGUGGUUCAGUACAGCAGAGAUCCAGCUGUCAAUUUCUAUCUGAACACAUACACGACAAAAGGCGAGAUCCUUGACACUGUCAGAGGUUUGAGGCACAAAGGCGGAAGACCCCUCAACACUGGAGCAGCUCUCCAGUACUUGAGGGAUAAUGUCUUCACGGCCUCUGCCGGAAGCAGGCGCCUGGAAGGAGUUCCACAGGUCCUGAUAUUGCUAAGUGGUGGAAGGUCUUUUGACAGUGUUGAUGCACCAGCCUCUGCUCUCAAACAACUGGGUGUCCUGACCUUUGCAAUUGGAACCAGGAGCUCUGAUAGUAGAGAACUAGAGAAGAUAUCCAACGAUCCCAAUUAUGUUCUAUCUGUGUCUGAAUUCACUGACCUUCCAAGUAUCCAACAGCAACUUCAGUCCUCAGUGGAGGCUGUGGUUAUUGAAGACACCCCAGAAACACCAACUGUACUUGUUGACACUGCCAAAAAGGAUAUUGUAUUCCUUCUGGAUGGUUCUGAUAGCACAAGGAAUGGCUUCCCUGCCAUGCGUGAUUUUGUUGAGAGAGUGGUGGAGAAACUCAAUGUGGGAGGGAACAAAGACCGUGUCUCUGUAGUGCAGUACAGCAGAGAUGCAGAGGUCAAUUUCUACCUGAAAACAUACACCACAAGAGAGGAUAUUGUGGAUUCGGUUAGAGGGAUAAAACACAAAGGAGGCAGACCCCUCAACACCGGGGCUGCCCUCCAAUACGUCAGGGAUAACGUCUUUACAAACUCCUCCGGGAGUAGGCGCCUGCAAGGUGUUCCACAGAUGUUGAUCCUGCUAAAUGGUGGAAGGUCUUUUGACAAUGUAGAUACCCCAGCUUCUGCUCUCAAACAGCAAGGCAUCUUUGUGAUUGGCAUUGGAACCAGGAGCUCUGACAGUGGAGAGCUGAAGAAGAUAUCAUACGACCCUCGUUAUGCUCUAUCAGUGUCUGAGUUUACUGACCUCCCCAGUGUCCAAGAACAGCUCUCGUCUGUAAUGAGCACAGUGUUAGUGAGAGCUACGCCCAUGACACCAAAAGAAACUGUGGAGAGACAGCCACCAGGAAGGGAUGUUGUGUUCUUGUUGGAUGGAUCUGAUGGUACUAGAACUGGAUUCCCAGCUAUGCAAGACUUUGUCCAAAGAAUAGUAGAGAAGCUCAGAGUGGAUGACAACCAAGACCGUGUUUCAGUGGUUCAGUACAGCAGAGAUCCAGCUGUCAAUUUCUAUCUGAACACAUACACGACAAAAGGCGAGAUCCUUGACACUGUCAGAGGUUUGAGGCACAAAGGCGGAAGACCCCUCAACACUGGAGCAGCUCUCCAGUACUUGAGGGAUAAUGUCUUCACGGCCUCUGCCGGAAGCAGGCGCCUGGAAGGAGUUCCACAGGUCCUGAUAUUGCUAAGUGGUGGAAGGUCUUUUGACAGUGUUGAUGCACCAGCCUCUGCUCUCAAACAACUGGGUGUCCUGACCUUUGCAAUUGGAACCAGGAGCUCUGAUAGUAGAGAACUAGAGAAGAUAUCCAACGAUCCCAAUUAUGUUCUAUCUGUGUCUGAAUUCACUGACCUUCCAAGUAUCCAACAGCAACUUCAGUCCUCAGUGGAGGCUGUGGUUAUUGAAGACACCCCAGAAACACCAACUGUACUUGUUGACACUGCCAAAAAGGAUAUUGUAUUCCUUCUGGAUGGUUCUGAUAGCACAAGGAAUGGCUUCCCUGCCAUGCGUGAUUUUGUUGAGAGAGUGGUAGAGAAACUCAAUGUGGGAGGGAACAAAGACCGUGUCUCUGUAGUCCAGUACAGCAGAGAUGCAGAGGUCAAUUUCUACCUGAAAACAUACACCACAAGAGAGGAUAUUGUGGAUUCGGUUAGAGGGCUAAAACACAAAGGAGGCAGACCCCUCAACACCGGGGCUGCCCUCCAAUACGUCAGGGAUAACGUCUUUACAAACUCCUCCGGGAGUAGGCGCCUGCAAGGUGUUCCACAGAUGUUGAUCCUGCUAAAUGGUGGAAGGUCUUUUGACAAUGUAGAUACCCCAGCUUCUGCUCUCAAACAGCAGGGCAUCUUUGUGAUUGGCAUUGGAACCAGGAGCUCUGACAGUGGAGAGCUGAAGAAGAUAUCAUACUGACCCUCGUUAUGCUCUAUCGUGUCUGAGUUUACUGACCUCCCCAGUGUCCAAGAACAGCUCUCGUCUGUAAUGAGCACAGUGUUAGUGAGAGCUACGCCCAUGACACCAAAAGAAACUGUGGAGAGACAGCCACCAGGAAGGGAUGUUGUGUUCUUGUUGGAUGGAUCUGAUGGUACUAGAACUGGAUUCCCAGCUAUGCAAAACUUUGUCCAAAGAAUAGUAGAGAAGCUCAGAGUGGAUGACAACCAAGACCGUGUUUCAGUGGUUCAGUACAGCAGAGAUCCAGCUGUCAAUUUCUAUCUGAACACAUACACGACAAAAGGCGAGAUCCUUGACACUGUCAGAGGUUUGAGGCACAAAGGCGGAAGACCCCUCAACACUGGAGCAGCUCUCCAGUACUUGAGGGAUAAUGUCUUCACGGCCUCUGCCGGAAGCAGGCGCCUGGAAGGAGUUCCACAGGUCCUGAUAUUGCUAAGUGGUGGAAGGUCUUUUGACAGCGUUGAUGUACCAGCCUCUGCUCUCAAACAGCUGGGUGUCCUGACCUUUGCAAUUGGAACCAGGAGCUCUGAUCGCAGAGAACUGCAGAAGAUAUCCCACGAUCCCAGUUUUGCUCUAUCUGUGUCUGAAUUCACUGACCUUCCAAGUAUCCAACAGCAAAUUCAGUCCUCCGUCGAGGGUGCUAUCAUUGGGUUCUCUCCAGAAUCACCUGCUGAGACGCAGGGCCCCAGGAAGGAUGUCGUUUUCCUUGUUGAUGGAUCUGAUGGUGUUGGACGGGAAUUUCCGAUCAUCCAGGAGUUUAUCCGCAGGGUCGUGGAGAGUCUCAAUGUUGGCGAGAACAAGAUCCGGAUUGGUGUGGUCCAGUAUGGUGACUUUGCUCAAACGGAUAUGUUUCUGAACACACAUACAACCAAAGAAGGUGUUUUGAAUGCUGUCAGGGGAAUGAGGCAGCGAGGAGGAAGACAACGUAACCUGGGUCAGGCCUUGCAGUUUGUCAGUCAGGAUGUUCUGACAGCAGCCCGUGGUAGCAGGAAGCAAGAGGGUGUACCGCAGUUUGUAAUUGUCGUCUCCAGUGGGUCUUCUACAGAUGACAUCAGCAGUGCAGCAUCUUCCCUCAAACAAUCUAGAGUUCUUCCCUUCAGCAUUGGGACCAGGGAUGUUAACCCUACAGAGCUCCAGGUGGUGUCAUACAUACCUAACUUUGCCUUCAGUGUAGAUGACCUCCCUGGCCUAUACACAGUCCAAGAAAAUCUAAUAACCACUCUCACUGAGCUGUCAGAUGAUGACAUCAACCGGAUGCGUCCAGUAUUCCCAAUCAUUGAUGUAAUCCCAUCAGUAGCCACAGGAGGAGAAAAGAGGGAUGUCGUAUUUCUAAUUGAUGGCACAACAGCGAUGCGUAGUGAGUUCCCUUCCAUCCGUGAAAUGAUAAGAAGAGUUGUGGAUGAACUGGAUGUAGGAUUGGAUAAAGUCCGAAUUUCAGUGGUACAGUACAGUGAUGACGCAAAGCCAGAAUUUCUUCUGAAUGGAUUAUCCACCAAAGAUGAAGUACGCAAUGCUGUAAUGAAACUUCGAAGCAAAGGAGGGAACCGUCUAAACACAGGUCGUGCUCUUGAGUGGGUCUACAGUAACAUCUACCAGAGGUCAGCGGGAAGCCGCAUUGAGGAAGGUGUGCCUCAAUUCCUCAUUCUAGUUACAGGUGGCAAAUCCUCAGAUGAUGUAUCCACCGCAGCUGACCAACUUAAGAGAAACCGGGUUGCACCUCUUGCAAUUGGUUCAAGGAAUGCAGACCCUGAUGAACUGAAACAGAUUUCCCUGAGACCUGAUCUGGUAUACACAGUUGACAGUUUCCAGCAGCUUCCAAUGAUGGAGUCGCAGCUCAUUGAUUCAGUCAAGACAAUAUCCACCACUGACAUCAUCAAUACUUAUGUUACUUCUACAGUGGAUUUAGGCAAUGUAAAUCUUGGGAGAAAGGACAUUAUCUUCCUUAUUGAUGGCUCAGACAAUACAGGUGCUGCUGGAAUUGCGCAUAUCCGUGAUUUCAUCCACAACAUUGUCCAACAACUCGAUGUGCAGCCUGACCAAGUGCGCGUUGCUGUUGUCCAGUAUGCAGACAGAGUUCAGCCCGAGUUCUCACUCAACACUCACAACGACAAGUCAGCAGUUGUCUCUGCUGUCAAAAGACUUCGUCAGAUGGGUGGCCGGUCAUCAGAUCUGGCCGACGCCAUUGAGUAUGUUAUAAAGAAUGAGUUAAAACCCUCUGCUGGUGUUCGUCUAGCUAAGGCCUCCCAGCAUCUUGUGGUUCUCACAGGUGGGCGUUCCCCCCAAGAUGUUUCCAUCUAUGGACCUCUGCUUAAGGGCUCUCGAGUCAACUGUAUUGGUGUUGGAGCUGCUGGUGCUGAUACAAGGCAGCUCACCCAAAUUGCCACCACCUCAGCUGAUGUCCUUCAGGUUCCUGACUUCACUGGCCUGCCGACAAUCCGGCAGGAGGUUAUUGACAGGUUGAAUGGGACCAUCACUGAGGAACCACCUACAGACUAUAUUCCAUCAGGCCUGCCUCCACCUAAAAAUGCUGAUAUAGUGUUUUUGGUGGAUGGUUCCAUUAACUUGGGCAGGGACAACUUCAAUGCAGUGAUGUUGUUUAUCAAUGAGCUAAUUGAUCUGUUCUUCAAUGAGAGAGACAACCUGCGGAUUGGCUUUGCACAUUAUACCACAGAUGUGACUGACGUCUUCUACCUCAACACAUACAAGAACAAGCAAGACAUCGUAAAUGCCAUUGGCCGAACAGAGUACAAAGGAGGACGUAAAAUCAACACUGGUGCAGCUAUUCGCCACAUUCAAGAUGUUCACUUUACCAAAGAAAAAGGUAGUAGGAUGGAUGAGGGCACUCCUCAGAUCCUAAUGGUACUCACUGGAGGACGUUCAGCUGAUGAUGGCAAAACAGCAGCCCUUGGUCUAAAGAAAAAAGGUGUGAGAGUCUAUGCUGUAGGAGUGGGCGACAUUGAGAAUGAAUUAGAAGACCUAGCAAGCGAGUCCUCCACUGUGGCUAGAGCAAGCACCUAUCUGAAACUUUCAGAGCUGAAUGAGCAAAUCUUGGAGACUUUGGAUGACGAAGUAAAAGGGAGGUUGUGUGUUAGUGUACAAGAAACUUCUAAAACCUGCAACAUAGAGGUGUUGGUGGGUUUUGAUGUUUCUGCCCAGAACAUUUUCAGUGUUCAGACCAACUUCAAAAUCAAGAUGGAGGCCAUUCUGAGUACGAUUUCCAAAAUGGCAGCUAUCAGUUGCUCAUCUGGGCAGAUUCCCUCCGUGCAAAUUGGCAUGUUGGCCAUGGACUCUGCCUCUGAGCCUGUCCAGCUGGACUUCACCGAAAAUGCUGAGGUACUCUUUAAGGCCUUCGAAGCCCUACGGAGUAGUGGCCCCUUUGUCCUUAAUGGAAAGACCAUCUCAGCGUACACCAAUAGGUUCAAAACCAGGCAGAAGGACGUUGUCAAGGUUGUCGUUCAUCUGACUGAUGGUAUUGAUGCCCCAUAUGCUGAAUUAAAAAAGCGAGUUGAUGAGCUUCGGCUCUCAGGAGUGAACAGUUUCAUCCUGGUUGGGCUGGAGCGGGUGCCCAAAUUUGAGGAGGCUUUGCUGCUAGAAUUUGGUCGUGGAUUCAGGUACACCAGACCCCUGCGACUCAAUAUCCUGGACUUGGACUAUGAGCUAAUGGAAGAGCUGGACAAUAUUGCAGAGAGGGAGUGCUGUGCAGUGCCGUGCAAAUGUACUGGCACCAGAGGAAACCGAGGAGCAGUUGGACUUUCAGGGUCAAAGGGUGGUCCAGGAUCACCAGGAAGCCAAGGACAUCCUGGAGAUGAGGGUGGACCUGGAGAGAGAGGUCAUCCUGGUGUGAAUGGCACUCAGGGUUUCCAGGGAUGUCCUGGACAAAGGGGUGUCAAGGGUUCUCGUGGCUACUCAGGAGAAAAGGGUGAAUUUGGAGAAAUUGGGCUUGAUGGCAUCAACGGACCAGAGGGCAAAAGUGGAGUUGCUGGACCGUCAGGAGACUUAGGAAACUCUGGCAGAAGAGGUCCCAAAGGUACCAAAGGACAAUCAGGAGGCAUAGGAGAAAUGGGAAUCAGAGGAGACCCUGGUACAAGUGGACAAGAUAACAGCCGUGCAGGACCUAAAGGAGACCCCGGUGAUGCUGGACCAGCGGGAGAGCCUGGUGAGGAUGGAAAGAAGGGAGGCCCCGGUGAAGUCGGAAGAAUUGGAGCUAAUGGCAGAAGAGGCCCACCUGGAAAGGCCGGAAAUCCCGGAAAGACAGGAGCUGAUGGUGUUCAGGGAGAGGCGGGUAUUGGAGGAUCUAGAGGUCCAUCUGGACCGAAUGGUGCCCCAGGACCCAGAGGAGAAGAUGGAAACCCAGGACCUAGGGGUCCCGGAGGUAGCCCAGGUUCCGCUGGAGAUAAGGGUAGAAGAGGAGCUCUUGGUCGCAAGGGUGAGCCAGGAGAUUCAGGACCUAAGGGUGUUAUUGGACCACUUGGUCCCCGUGGAGAGCCUGGUGAAGAUGGCAGAGAUGGGUUUGGCGUCAUAGGGUCUAAUGGACGAAAGGGUGAUGAGGGCUUCCCAGGAUUCCCAGGAAUAAAGGGAGCAGCUGGGGACUCCGGCACCACGGGCGGACCUGGACCCACAGGAAAUCAUGGUCAGAGGGGUGUCUCUGGUAAUAUUGGUACACCCGGGCAGGAGGGAGAGGUUGGACAUCCUGGGCCAUAUGGUGAGAAAGGACCGAGAGGACCAGGUGUUGUGCAAUGUGACCUGGUUAAGAAGAUCAGAGAUAACUGCCCUUGCUGUUAUGGUCAGCAGGAAUGCCCGCUCUACCCCACUGAGCUGGCCUUUGUCCUGGAUGCCUCUGAAGGCGUAGACCAACCAGCUUUCAACAAUAUGCGUGACACAGUCCUGCGUCUAGUCAAAGACAUCACCAUCUCUGAGAGUAACUGUCCAAGAGGUGCUCGUGUUGCUGUAACCCUGUACAACGACGAAGUGACCACUGAGGUCCGCUUUGCUGAUGCAAUGAAGAAACGUGCCCUGGUGCAGCGCAUCGAGGGACUGCAGACCCUGAAAACCAGCAAGCAGCGCAGCUUGGAGACAGCAAUGAGCUUUGUGGCCCAAAACACCUUUAAGAGAGUGCGCAGUGGCUUCCUCAUAAGGAAGGUGGCCGUCUUCUUUGUCGGUGGAACAGUCAGUCGGGUACAAGCAGUUACUAAUGCAGCUCUUCGCCUCCAUGAUGCUGGAAUCGCCACCCUGUUCUUGGUCAACCGUGACGACAGAACACUCAGCAAAGCAGUGCAGGUCAACAACACAGCACUGGCCCAGAUAAUUGUCCUUCCCAACCCUGGAAGUGCACAGUACGAUUCUCUCAUCCAAAAGGUGAUGAACUGCCAUGUCUGCCUAGACGUCUGCUCUCCGGACCAAGUCUGCGAUUAUUUGCCCCCGUCUGGCAGCCGUCUUAGGAGGACUUCCACCACAGAUGUGGACAUCGACAUGGCUUUCGUCAUGGACAGCUCUGAGUCUACCUACCCAACCGUCUUUACUGAGAUUAAACGUUACAUCGCGCACAUAGUUGAGCAGCUGCAAGUGUCUUCAAAUCCCACAUCAUCCAUUCACCACGCCAGAGUGUCUGUGAUCCAGCAAGCACCAUAUGAGUUCCUCAACAACAAAACUGGCUCUUCCAUCCGUGUGGAUAUCGGUUUGACCGAGCACCACUCAGCUCAGGAUAUUGUCAAAUUUCUGCUAGAGAAGACGCCGCAGUUAGAGGGUGGCCGGGCACUGGCAGCGGCUAUCGAAUCGACCGUGGAGCAGGUGUUUGAGAAGGCGCCUCUCCAGCGUGACAGGAAAGUACUGAUGCUCUUUGUGACAGGAAGUGUGGAAGAAGAAGAAGAGCAGCUGGUGCGUAUUGCCACUGAGGUCAAGUGCAGAGGCUACUUCCUGGUCAUCCUGGGUGUGGGUGAGAAGCUGAGUGCUGGAGACGCUCGUGUCCUGUCACGCAUGGCCAGUGAGCCAUCCGAUGUCUUCUUCAAGCGGCUGGACAGCGCCUCACACUUUUAUGACAAACACAUACAGACCUUUGGCCAGCUGCUGCCAAAGUAUAUCAGCAUUGAAAAUGCUUUCUACAUGUCCCCUGAAGUGUCCAAAAACUGCAAGUGGUUCCAGAGUGACCAGCCACUCAAAAACCCAUUUUCAUCAUCACAUCAACAGGAGAAACAUCAGAAACCUCAUGAAAACCAACAGGCAGUUCAUCAAAGAAAGCACAAUGAUGCAGAUGAGCUACACGUCUCUAACGUCACCUCCAGCAGCUUAAAGUUGCGUUGGACCAGCUCAGACUCCAAGCUCUUCGUCUACUUUGAGGUAGUGGUGACGCGGUUGCACGACCAUGCCUUGGUGCUGAAGACCAACGUGUCGGGCUCAGAGCUCUCGGUGGACAAUCUAGAGAGCGCUCAAACAUAUCAUGCUGUGGUCACCGCCCACACUGCAGAGGGACAAACUGUCUCCAUCCGCAAAGGCAUUAUGACUACCAAAGCAGCAGAGCAUAAGCCAGCCAGCCGAGGCAGCAGCACUGUAAAUACCACACCACUAGACCAACCAGAGACUGUGCCAGAGUCUCAGCCAAAAGUGGAGCAGCAGGUUGAACAGGUGGAGAUCCUCCCGGAUCCUGCGGCCUCUACAGCCGUGGACAUUUGCCAGCUUCUCAAAGAGGAAGGUACUUGUGCCAAAUUUGUCCUUAAGUGGCACUUUGAUGCCCUCAGCAAGAGCUGCACACGCUUCUGGUAUGGAGGCUGCGGUGGAAACCAGAAUCGCUUUGACACGCAUCAGCAAUGUGUGAAGGCUUGUGGAAAACCAGAACCCCUCAACCAAGGAGUCGUCGCUGCAAUAAGAACAUAGGGCAAACCAUGGUCAGCUUUCCCCUCUGUUUAGGGGAUUAUGAGGAGAACCAUCCAAAAUGGCCAUACUGUAAGGAUGCAAUACCAAAGCAAGGGUGGCUGCACUGGAUUCCACAAAAAUGGACUUUAUCCCCCAAAUUCUUGAAGUAGUUUUGUUUUUACAACAAGAAGGAAGGCAACACGAUUUGCUGCAUGAUUUGUUUUAACCUACUGGUGCUACAUAGAAUGUUUGUUUUAUUGAUGGAGUUGUUAAGUGCAUUCAGUUUUGUAAAGUCACGUUGGCAUCAUAAAAGUUUUCAUAUUUUUAAAAUUCAGUUUUAUAAUUAAGCAAGAAACAUAUAUGAAUAUCAGUGGGCAUAGAUUAGCAAUUAAUCAGUACAUGCAGGACUGGCAUUUUUCAAUGCAAUCCUUUUGUUUUCCCAAGUUCUUUUAAAUUCCACAUUCACAUAGCAACAUUGGCUUUUAUAGAUUUAUAUUGUUUUAAAACACACUUGAUCCCUGUGGAAUCAUUACAUCACUUAUUAUCUUACAGUCACAGAAUCCACAGCAAUGUUUACACAAGUCCUGUAUGAUGGUUUGUGUAUUUAAAUGACAGUGACCAAACAUUAAUGUAAUGUUAAGUGCACUUCUGGAUCCACUGCCUCAAACACACACGUUACAGCUAUUGAGAAAUAGAAUGUACUUUUCAAGCUGUUAUUAUUGUUGUUUCAUUUGAUUUUUACUGAAAUGUGUGUUUCAUCUGGGUAUAGGAGAAAUAAACACAAAAUAGACUUUCUAAUAAA